UUUCAUACUCCCAGUCUUCUAUCAUUAGACCACUACUACACCCACGUUCAAUAUCAAUUCAAUAUCAAUCGAAAAUGAAGCUCACUAUCUUCUUCCCGCUGGCUGCUUUCCUGUCUUUGACUGUCGCUGAUGGUCUGGAUGAUGCCAGUCCCUGCCUUAUUCGUUGUCUCAACGAAGCCUCUGCUGUAGCAGGCUGUAUCUCCUCUAUUGAUUCCAAGUGCACUUGCCCAAGCAAAGCGUUCAAGGAUACGCUCGGUAAAUGUCUGGAGCUUUCUUGUACCCCGGCAGACUUGAAAGGUAUAUUCUCCUCACCCAUCCCGCUUCUGUUGCUAUUCAACUUCAAAUUGGUGUCACGCGACAUUAUAUUUGUUUUAUGGCUUGGGCUAAUUGUUUUCCUUUUAGCUGCUGGUGAAUUGCACAAGGAACGUUGUGGUGGGUCGCCGCCUAAGGAGGUUAUAUGCUUUUGA